AUGUUCUGUGGAUCAGUGAGCCAUCUUGUAUUUUUCUGAAUGCACCUUUGCAACCGCGGUUGUCCAACUUUAGGGGCGGAAGCUUAUUAAGAUUUCGAUCUUAUUUCGCUUCCAUUUAUCUUACCAUUAGCUUGUGAACUGCCACAUAGAUAUAGAGAGAAACUCUAGGUAAAUUCAGGGCCAGGAUGGCUGCACGAAAUGUGGCCAAAAGGGAAUUGGAUGAUGGUAGGGUAAAGAUUGACCCAGAAGAGGCGGAAAUUAUAAUAAUUGAAAGCGUCAACGAUUCCGAGGACGAGGCACACGAUCAAAUAAUUUCCCGAGAGAACAUUCCUCACAUUCUACAAAACUACUCCAAGGCAAAUGGAAACGUCCAGCUGGUCCAGUUGGAUGAUGGAGAGUAUUCGUAUAUUAUUGAAAACACUAAUGAAUGUGAGUCCGGCGUUCAGUACAAUGUGACUGAUAAUGACCAUUACAUCAUCGAAGAAUACCAGGAGGACUCAGAGGAAACUGCUGCUGAGCUUCCUGAGUUCGAAACCAUGUAUAUUGAGUCUGUGGAGUCACCUCAUGAAGUCUACACAUUAUGCGAAGAGGAUGAAACCAGUGUGGCUGAUGAAGAUCAGGAGAUGGUAGUGGAUGAAGAAAGUGAGAUGAUUCCUGAUAAGCAAGAAGUAAAGGCAAAUGACAAUAAAUCGUCUAAACUCUCAAACAUAUUUAUAAAAGUCCGAAAACAAUCUACCAAAGCAGAGCAUGUAAGCGAAGAUCAGGCGCAAGUUACUGAAGAGAAAUGCAUUAAUCCUGAGACAGUUGAGCAGGAUUCUAAGACGAUGCAGCAAGAAGAAGAGAUAUCUUCCAUGGACUUUUUGUAUGAAUGUGGUAUUUGCGGCAAGACCUUUUCCAGUGCAACAGGAGUGAAAUGGCACAUUAGUGCCAGCCACAUUGAUUCACCAGCUCCCACUACCGACCAAUUGUCGUUUUCGCUAUGUGCUUGUUGUGGGGAACCAUCAGACUCAGCUCAUACGACCGGAGACUUCAAUUGCGAUGAGUGUGGCAAACUGUUCAUCUAUCAGAACUCUUUGGACAGACACAAGAGCAUCGAACACCCAGUUGGGGAUAAAUAUUUAUGUUACGAGUGCAAGAAAGUGUUCUGUAGAAAGGACCUUCUGGUGGAACACACAAAAGUUCACUCAUUAAAGGCGGUGAAGUGCGGCGAUUGCGGCCGGGAGUUUUCGAGAAAGUUCCAUUUGGACCGACAUAUUGGGCAAACUGGCUGCAUGGGAUUGGUCAAGAAAGUCUACGACUGCAGAGUCUGCAAUAAAACAUUCACACGCAAAGACAAUCUAGCCGACCAUCUGAAGGCGCAUGCAGGAAUAGCGAUGAAGAGAAGAAAGCCGAGCACCUGCGAAUUUUGCUUGAAGGAGUUCAGCGGAAUCUCGCUCCUGCAAAUCCACAUCCGAACGCAUACAGGGGAACGACCAUUUGCUUGCGAUGUUUGCGAGAAGAAAUUUGCAUCUGCAGGCGCUAUGACGAAACAUCGACGGAAACAUACCGGGGAGAAACCCUAUAUAUGUCCUCAGUGCGGGUCUCGAUUUGCCGCGAAAGAGACGCUGAAUCGCCACUGGCGAAUCCAUACCGGGGAUAAACCACAUAAAUGCAGGUUUUGUGGAAAAGGAUUUAUCCAACCAUCUCAGCUCAGAGCGCACAUUUUCCACCACACUGGGGAGAAUGCCUACAAUUGCCCGCAUUGCAAUCGGGCUUUUAACCGAAAAUUGCGCCUCACCACCCACAUCAAGUUCAUGCACGAAGGGGCUGCGCCCACACCCUGUCCAGAACCAGGCUGCGGGAAGACUUUCUUCCGCAAAGAAGACAUCCAUCGGCACUUGAUAACGCAUAGCGGCGAAAGGCCAUACGAAUGCGAGGUAUGUAAGAAGCGCUUUGCGGUUAAAUCGUCGUUGCGAGUGCACCGAAACAUUCAUCGAAAGGAAGCGCCGGUGUCUUGCGAGGUAUGCAACAGGGCGUUUAUCCGGAAGGAUUGCCUUAUGAGGCAUAUGCGAGCUCGGCACAGAGAUGUUCUGGAAGAUAUCGUAACAAACGUUGAGAAGAAGCGACUGCAAACCCAAUUAUUCCAGGCAGUGGCCAAUGCAGCCAACACGGAAUCCUUGAAAAAGUCGAUAGUUUGGAACGAGUUGACCUUAACUGAAUCAAUCAAGGAACUUCUGACUCUGCUGGUUGAUGACGAUUGCCUAUUGGAGUUGGGUCAUCCAGAUGCUCCAGUAGAUCGCGUUUUGGAAACGGUCAUUCGACGAUGCGGCCACACGCCUGCUUCGGAGAGUGAUUUUGACUACAUCGGAAAAAUACGCGAAAAUGUCAAGCUGCUUUUCACGGCGGUGAUCGACGAUAACUCCAUUAAAGACCUGCUGAAAAGUCAUACAAUAGACGAUGUUAUUAUGCACGUUUUAAAAUUGGCUAGGAAGCGGGCUGAUGGCACACUUUCGGACGCUGAUGAUAAUGACCAUGCAGAUGAUCCAGAUCCAUUGGGUAAUCAUACUGAUGAGGAUUCCAGUUCCGUGGAAUAGAAACACCGUUCUUCAAAGAAUUAGUUGAGGUUUUUAAUUUCUCAUUUUGAGUGUUUUAUUACAAGGUUGUUGCAUCUGAAAUUCACAAAUGUAAUAUAAAAUAUAACUACCCUUUUAAA